CUCCCUUUUAAAGUCGCGAGAACCAAUGCCAAAGUCCUCGCCAACCGUCUCCGUUCACUGCCCUCGAUUGCAAUCCACGUUCGUCGUGAGUGACGAUGGGAAGCGCCGGUGCGGCGCCGGUGGCGACGGCGGCCGGCGGCGGCGGUGGAGACGGAGACCUGCACGUGGUGAUGUUCCCGUUCCUGGCGUUCGGCCACAUCAGCCCGUUCGCGCAGCUGGCGCGGAAGAUGGCCGGCGUCGGCGCCGGGGUGCGCGUCACGUUCCUGUCGGCGGCGGCCAACGUGCCCCGCGUCGAGGCCAUGCUGGGCGGCACCGGCGGCACGUCCACCGUGGCGGCGCUCGAGCUGCCGCGCGUGCCGGGGCUCCCCGAGGGCGCGGAGAGCACGGCGGAGGUGUCGGCGGACGGUGCCGAGCUGCUCAAGCUCGCCGUCGACGGCACGCGGCCGCAGGUGGAGGCGCUGCUGGCGAGGCUCCACCCGGACGUCGUGCUGUUCGACUUCGCCACGCCGUGGGUCGUCGACGUCGCCAGGCCGCUCGGCGUCAAGGCAGCGCUCUUCUCCGUGUUCGCCGCGGUCUCCGGCGCGUACGUCAUGGCCCCCGCGCGCCGCCGCCUCCCCGGGCCGGGGCGCCCGACCGUCGACGACCUCGCGUCGGCGCCGGAGGGGUUCCCGCCGUCGUCGCCGCUCGCCACCGUGCCGGCCUACCAGGCCGCCGACUUCAGCUACGUGUUCGAGAGCUUCCACGGCAUGCCGUGCGUGUACGACCGCGUCGCCGCAUGCCACAACGCCUGCGACGCCCUGGUCAUCAAGACCUGCGCCGAGAUGGAAGGCCCCUACAUCGACUACAUCGCGGCGGAGCACGGCAAGCCGGUGCUCGUGACGGGGCCCAUCGUGCCGGAGCCGCCGCGAGGCGAGCUGGAGGAGCGGUGGGCGACGUGGCUCUCCUCCUUCCCGGACAACUCCGUCGUGUUCGCCUCCUUCGGCAGCGAGACCUUCCUGCUGCACGCCGCCGCGACGGAGCUCCUCCUCGGACUAGAGGCCACCGCCCUGCCGUUCCUCGCAGUGCUCAACUUCCCCAAGGGCACGGACGCCGAGGCGGAGCUGAGGAAGCUCACGCCGCCGGGGUUGGAGGAGAGGGUGAAGGGGAGAGGGAUCCUGCACACCGGGUGGGUGCAGCAGCAGCACAUCCUGCGCCACCGCAGCGUGGGCUGCUUCGUCAACCACUCCGGGCUCAGCUCCGUCGUGGAGGGGCUCGUCGCCGGCUGCCGCCUCGUGCUGCUGCCGAUGAAGGGCGACCAGUACCUCAACGCCGCGCUGUUCGCGCGCGAGCUCCGCGUGGGCACCGAGGUCGCGCGCCGCGCCCGCGACGGGUGGUUCGGGCGUGAGGACGUGCGCGACGCGCUGGCGGCGGCGUUCGCCGGAGGAGAAGACGGCGGCGGCGAGGAGAAGAAAUGGCGGGAGUUCUUGAUGGACGACGCCGUGCAGAGGAGGUUCGUGCGGGAGUUCGUGGCGGAGCUGAGAAGGCUCAAGGGCUGAAAACGGAACGUCACGCGUCGUUAAUCAGAUCGACAGCUGUCACAACUCUGAAGAAAAUCGGACUCUGUUCUGAAGACUGUGAAGAGAAGGAAUCAACGGCUGUGAUUGCUUGAUACUGCAUCGCGGUUCUCGCUCUAGGGAGUACUACAUCCGUCAUAAAAUAAAAUAAGUGCAGUUUUGCACUGGUUAUAUCCAACGUCUGACUUAACGUCUUAUUUAUAAAAAUUAUUUUUAUGAUUAGUACAUAUCACUGUGUAAUACUGUGCUACA